AUGAGAUACCUCAUCCGCCGUUGUCUCCACAACUGGCCCGAGGACAGCGUGGUUCGGAGCCUGCGGAAUAUCGUUGCGGCUAUGGAGCCAGAGAAGCUACGUCUUCUUAUUGAGGAGAUCAUCGUACCAGCAGAGAAAGCCGGUAUUGAAGAAGGUUGGAUGGAUAUGAUCAUGAUGUCUCUAGGUGCCAAACAAAGGACAAACGCAACUAUGGUUGAAAUCGCCAAAGGCAAUGCAGACAUCCCCAUCGUACCCCGGGAGCGCGGUGGCCCGCGCUUCUCGCGUCACGAUCCAGUCAUGGAGCUCGGGAGCACGAGAUACGUAAGAUGUCAUAAAUGA